AUGAGCAGCAACGCGGCGAGGGGCGAGUCGGACGAAGGGGUCGAGAGAAACGACGUUUUCUUGUACAGAAGCGAAGCGGGGAAUGAGGGAGACUCCUGCAAUGUGUUAUGUCUCUUCCUCUUUUUUAUUUGUCUAUUUUUUGUGAUGCUGAUGACAGCCGAUAACAGCACAGUCCCGACGGGGAGCGGCCACGAGGGCGGGGCAGGAGGGGUAGGAGCCGGAGGAGGUGGCCUUGGUGCGGACAUGGAUGGCAAUCUGCUGCCGGGAGAAGGAGGAGACAGGUCCGCGCCGGACGACGUAUUCGACAACGUGCUAAUCCAGUGCCUAAAUUUUAGGGGUCGCUACCGGGUAGAGGACAGGGGGCGCCAUGGGAGCGAUAGAAGCGGCGCGACUACCGCGAAUACCGCAAACACCGCCACUACCGCGAGCACUCAGAUGAAGGGCCAUCACAGAGGAGGCGAAUUCGAAGCCAAGCUGAUUACGCUGAAACUGUCCCUCUACAACGUAACGAAGUCGUUUCUGUUUCUGUACUUUGAGCCGGAGGGUGGGAGGGGUGGAGGCAGCAAAGGUGAGGGGCAAGACGGACGUAACUACAAGGACAGCCGCCGUGCUGGUCCCCCGCCAAGCUCGCCCAACCAGCCGAGCAAAUUCCACUUCCUCGGUCUCCCCGGGAUUAACGUCAACCGGGACAACACAUACAUGUUUAAUGGUGCCGGUUACAACUUCCUGACGCUCUGCCAGGAGGAGAAAAACUGCAUCUGUAACUACAACGUGGGCAUUCAGCAGAACGUGGAGAUGCACGAGUCGACAUCUCUGCGGGAGGUAGAAGAGUCUUAUCUGUAUUUGCUGAAGAAGUAUCUCAUGGAUGAGGCGGCGUCCUUUGGCGGCUACCCUUCGGCGAGGUACCGCGAUCAGUAUGAGCGUCAUCUGAGUGCGAAAGCAGCAGGCCUGGUGGGGGAAGCGCCAAAUGUGAGUACGGACACUCAUGAGAACGCGGCUACUCCUCGUGACGAAGCGGACACUUCUCACGACGCAGCUGAUAGUGACCGCAGCGGGACGGCCACCCCCCACUACCGUGGCUACAUUUCCUCCAACAACUGCGGAUUGUUCGUGCGGCUGGAGGGGAACGACGUGGACAAGAAGCACGCGGCGGCGCAGGUGACGUUUUUCUCCAUCCUGUACAAUAUGAAGUCCGUGGUCGAGUUAUGCCUCUUUUAUCUGCAGAUAGGGAGAAGCAGUGAGAACAUGCGGAGCGCAAGCAAAGUGUCCCUGCUGUCGAUUUGUCUAAAUUCAUUUAUCGACCUAUUCGAGUCACUACUUCUUCUCUACGAAGUGAUGUUGUCCCGAUUGUUACUCGUGCACUUCAUAUUUAUGGUUCUUCUCAAGUUUGUAUUAUUUACCCUGAUGGAGCUAAGAUACAUUUUAAUCAUCUGGAAAGCGAAUCACCAGCAAGAUUUACAGGAAGGGUGGGAUCAGCUACAAAGGAAAUUGGGAACCUUGUACAAGUUUUAUUACGGGAGUAUCCUCCUAGUUAUAGUAACAUUCUAUUACGUGUUUCCUGUCUGUCCCUACGUUCUCUUGUUAUUGUACAUGUGUUGGAUUCCUCAGAUAUUGCUCGACAUAUGGAAGGGACAAAGGAAUUCAAUAAAUCUGAAGAUCGUUUUUGCUCUUUCUCUAUGUCGAAUCUUCCUUCCAGUGUACCGAUUUAUGUAUUCACAGAGCAUUUUCCACUUAGACGUAUUCGCACGCGCGAUGGAUUCGUCUAACACCAGUACCUUCAGCAUCCUCCUCAUCGUGAUCCUAGCCGUGCAGCUAUUUUUCAUGUCUCUACAACGGCUGUACGGACCGAGACACCUCAUAGACAUCGACCUGUUACCCCAUGUUCAUAACUACUACAAGACUAUUGAUCCCAAUUUCGAGACGGGUAUUCCCGAAUGCGUCAUCUGUAUGUAUGAUAUCGUCUUAAAAGAUCGGAAGUACUGUGUCACUCCCUGUUUUCACAUCUUUCACGAGAAAUGUCUGCAGCAGUGGAUGGAUGUCAAGCUGGAAUGUCCCACCUGCCGCGGUGCCCUCCCCAACUUCCCCUAA